GUCACGCACAUUGCUGCUUUCGCAAGAGCACUGCUGCGUACGCAUCAGCUGACGACGGUGUGUGGUGUUGGUUUGCCAAAAUUUAGACGCUCAUCAAAUCAGUAGUAGUCGCCACUCUGUCGCCACCCCGUUCGCAUCAUGGAUAUUCUCAGUGUGCUCAGAAGCCGGUUGGAGAUCGUAGAUGAUUGCGUCACAUCUAAGCAGCUGGUGGACCGUCUGGUUGCUCGGGGUCCCCUAGAGGAAUCGCUGCACCUGACGGAGCUGGACACACUGGUCAAGCGGCACUACCAAUGGUUGAAGCACCUGCCGAGGAUUCGCCCGUUCUACGCCAUCAAAAGCAACGAUGAACCGUCGCUUGUGGAGACUACCAUUCUGCUAGGGUGUGGAUACGAUUGUGCGUCCACUGGGGAGCUGAAGCGGAUUUUGGGGUUCCGGGUGGAUCCGGAGAGGAUCAUGUUUGGACAGCCAGCGAAAACGAUCGAGUCGUUGGAGUUUGCCAAGAAGAUGAAGCUGCGGACGGUGUUUGAUAGUGAGGAUGAGCUACGCAAAAUCCAUCGGUAUUAUCCGGAGGCAAAGGUGGUGAUUAGAUUCCGGCUGGAAACGGUGGAAGAUCCGAUGAGAUUGGGAAUCAAGUUUGGCUGUGAGGUGGACUUGGAAGCCAGGGAACUGCUGGACUUGGCGAAGGAGCUGGGUAUUGAUGUGAUUGGAUGGUGUUUCAAUUUGGGUCAUUCAUGCAUCAAUCCGGAAAAUUUUUAUACCGGAAUCAAGAAGGGAAGAGAACUGACGGAUUAUGCCGAAUCGCUUGGAUUCAAAUUCAAUUUGAUCGAUUUAGGCGGUGGAUUUUCAGGAGAUAAGGAUGUCUCAAUUGAUCGCUACGCAGAACAGAUCAACAGAGGAUUGGACGAAUUCUUUCCAGCAGAACUGGGCUACACGAUAGUUGCUGAACCAGGGCGGUACUAUAGUGCUGCAGCGGUAACGGCAGUGGUCCCGAUCCAUGGAAAGCGGAUGAUUCGGAACAAAGAAAACCCUAAGGAGAUUGAAAAUGUGUUUUACUUCUUCAACGACGGCAUCUACGGAACGUUCUACAGUGCCAGAUACAGAGGAAAGGGUGUGAAGCCCAUCGUUUGGAAGUCUCAGAGCGAAUGGGGACCAGUGAGGAAAACAACUUUUUAUGGGCCAAGCUGUGAUGGGAUUGACUUCUUCGCGAAGGAUAUUGACAUGCCCGAGUUGGGCGUAUCGGAUUUCGUGGUUUUUGAGAAUCAAGGGGCAUACUCUAGGGUGCAUUCAUGCAGGUUCAAUGGAUUUUGCCCACCAAAACCAGUAACUUUCGUGCGGAAAAGUGUUUGGGAACUUUUGGAAGAAACAUCUGAAGGUGAUGCAACAAGGAUUGUAAUGGACAGCAAGUACCUGUUGGAGAACGAUAACUUUGAAAAAUUAGCUUUUGAGUGAAUAAAGCAAUGUGUGUUAUCGAUUUAUUA